AUGCCCAUCACAAUCCUCCCUCCCAAACCCUCCCGCCCGAUCAACAACAACCGCCCCUCCUCAGAAGACGACAUCUACGGCGCCUCAGACAGCGACUCAGACGCCGGCACGGGCGGCGGCGCCAGCAUCGACCCCGACGGCGACCACGCCAUGCUCCCGCCCACCUCCAAACGCCCCCGCCACACAACCACCACCACCACCACCAACCCCUCCUCCUCCUCCAUUGUCACCCCCGGCGAGCAAAUCACCGACGACCCGCAAUGGAUGCGCGGCCACGGCACCUACAUCCCCUCCACCUCCACGGGCCGCGCGGCCGCCGGCGCCAUCGUAUCCUCAGUAGCAGGCACGGUGGCGCGCACCAACAAGCUGCUGUCGGUGCGGCCGCUGCGGGCGCGCUACACGCCCGAGGUGGGCGACCUGGUGGUGGGGCGCAUCGUCGAGGUGCAGGCGAAGCGGUGGCGGGUGGAUGUGGGAUCCACGCAGCUGGCCGCGCUGCCGCUGAGCGCGAUCAAUCUGCCGGGCGGGAUUCUGAGGAAGAGGACGGAGACGGAUGAAUUGCAGAUUAGGAGCUUUUUUGCGGAGGGGGAUUUGUUGGUCGCGGAGGUGCAGCAGUUGUUUGGGGAUGGGGGGGCCGUGCUGCAUACGAGGUCGUUGAAGUAUGGGAAGUUGAGGAAUGGGACGCCCGAGGCUGAGGCGGGCGCCGCGGGGAUUACGAAUAUGGAGGAGAGCGUGAGCACGACCAUGUACUCGAGCCAGAACGACCGGAUUGAGGUCGAGACUAUGAGGGAGAUUGCGCGGCUGCGUGGGGUGGUGACGGCGUUGGUCGAGAAUGGGCUACGGGUGGAUGAGGACAUGGUUGUCAGGGGGUAUCACGAGGCCGUGGAAAUGGCUAUGGUCUCGGUUGAGGGGUCGGACGACACCUACCUGGGUGGUGAGAAGGGGCAACAGCUCGCUGCGGCGCUUACAGGAGUUUAA